AUGGAAGUGUUGAAAACGAGACUUGCAUUGAGGAAGACCGGUCAACUGGACAAUGGUCUAUUGCAUUUCGCACAGAAGAUGUACAAAAAAGAAGGGCUUGGUUGCUUCUACAAGGGUUACAUUCCAAAUCUGUUAGGCAUAAUUCCUUAUGCGGGUAUCGACUUGGCCAUCUACGAAACGUUGAAGAAGUACUAUGUUCGACAUCACAAGGACAGCGCCGAACCGGGGGUUCUGGCACUGCUGGCAUGUGGUACUUGUAGUUCGACUUGCGGCCAGCUUGCAAGUUAUCCAUUAGCACUUGUUAGGACACGAUUACAAGCUAGAGCGAUUUCUGGUGACUCUAUGCAACCCGAUACAAUGACUGGUCAGAUUCGUUAUAUACUUAGUAACGAAGGAUUCUUCGGUUUAUAUCGUGGGAUUGCGCCGAAUUUCAUGAAGGCAAGUUGCAGUUGCACAUUAAGGUGGUCAAUUAUUAUCAUUCGUUCA